UCCUUAGUGAAAACCUCCAAGACAGUGCCAUGUGAUCAUUAUUGAACCAUGUCUCCAGCUAAACCCAUCGAACACCUCAUUCACCAUACAAUUGGUUUGCACAGUCUAUAUAUACUCAUCAUUGGGUUUACAAGCAACACAAAUCAUUCUUACCUCAAAGCAUCAUAACUCAAGUUAACUUAUUUUUUCUACUACUUCGUUGAGAUCAUUCAGUCGUGAAGAAACAAAACAAGAAUGGGUUUUCGCUUACCUGGUAUUAGACGAUCAUCAUUUACUGCAGGUCAGUCAUCCAGCAAACAAAUGGAAGUCCCAAAAGGCUAUUUAGCGGUGUAUGUUGGAGAGGAAAUGAAGAGGUUCUUGAUUCCAGUAGCAUUCUUGAAUGAGCCUUUGUUUCAAGAAUUGUUGAGCCAAGCUGAAGAGGAAUUCGGUUACUGUCAUCAAAUGGGUGGUCUUACAAUUCCGUGCAAGGAAGAUGUGUUUUUACGUACAACUUCCCGCUUGAACGGCCUAUAAUUAAAUUCUUACGGCAAAAAAGUCAUAUGAUCGAUAACAUCGCACAGUAGGAUUGACUAGUUGUGACAACUUUUGUACAUAUCACAAAUUUCUUUUGUACAAGUAGAAAUCUGAAAUGAGAACCUUACAAAACUAUAUUCUUGUGAA